AUGACCCCUUCCAAAGAACCUCCACUCUUGAAUCAAACCAAUCCUCCACCCUUUCAUAAUGGAACUAAUUUAAAUUCAACCAUGAAUACACCCAUGAACGGAAACGAGCUGGAUCAUCAUGUUCAGGCUACGGUGAAUUCUUCCUUGUUUAUAAUAGCCUAUUUCAUUGUAGUGCUGUUUAUUGUGCUAUUCUCAAUUCGGGAAUGGCGAGUAAGCAAAUCGAGUACAGCACAGAAAAAUCAACUCAUUCUCUAUGCAUUGGUAGCCUUCUAUUUGUUUCUUCAAAUCAUUGGAGUUGGUUUUGAACUGAUUCAUAACAGUGCCAUGAUUUGUACUCUUUUGAAUCAAUCAGCAACAGGCAAUGGCUCAAUAUAUCAGAAAGGUGCAUCAAAAGGAGGCUUCUCGGAGAGUUGGGAUAUGAGUUCGAGAAUUGCGUCCAUCUCUGAUUUACUCAUCUUUUUGAAGCUCUUUCAAUUACCUAAUCUAUUUGUGCUCAUGUCGUUUAUUCAGAAUAUUUUGUAA